AUGCAAGCCACUUCUUUAGCCAUUACUUUAUUCUCUCUUUUCGUUGCUUCUUUCGUCUCCGCUGAUGAAGUAGUCACUACUAAUGGUGAAACUAUUACUUAUGUCGAUGUCACUACCACUCCAGAAGUAACUAAGUCUGCCGUUUCUACAGUUUUAACCACUUCUACACCACGUGUCACUAUUACUGGUUCUCACAAGAAGUCUUCUUCUUCUUCUACAUCUACUAUUAAUACUCUUUCCUCCUCCUUCUCUGUUUCAUCUAAUAUCACUACUUCAACUGUCACUCAAUCACAUCUUACUCAAGAAACCAGAAUCAUAACAAGCUGUUCUUCUUCUUCUACUAUGCCAGGUGUCUCGGCCUUUUCUGACGCUGCUGUUGCUUUAGACAGCAAUAUGAACAGUGUAAUUGGUUUAGUCGUGUUGGCUGGUUUAUCUUUAUUAUAA